GACCAUGGGGCUGGGGGGUCUCCUCCUCCCCCUCCUCGUCCUUGGGGUGGCCGAGUCCCAGCUGAUCGUGACUGUGGGGCCCUCCCCGGUGAGGGCCGUGCUGGGCUCAGACGUGCUGCUGCCGUGUAGCUUCACUGUGGGCGAAACCAUCAGUCUGUCUAAAUUCUACCUGGCCUGGGCCCGGGGAGCUGAGAAGGUGGCCGAGUACCUCAGAGAAAAGCCGACUGAGCAGCCCAGGGUGAAGCUUUUCCCGGAGGAGCUGAGCAGGGGGAACUGCUCCCUGUGGCUGAGGAACGUGAGCCUGGAGGACAAAGGCAGAUACAACAGCACCCUCAUCUACACGCCCGACAGAUCUGACCAGCAGCUGGAGCUGCAGGUGACAGCUGCUCCCCGACUCUCCGUCCCCCAGCGAUCGGCCAGGACAGACACAGCGAGCUCCUUCCCCUGCCACGUGUGGGGAUUCUACCCCCAGGACGUCACCGUCACGUGGCUGAGAGACGGGCGGGUUCUGACCGACGCCACCCACUCUGCCCCCCAGAGGAACCCGGACGGGACCUUUAACCUCACCCUGACCUACACCUUCACCCCCACCGCCAGCGACUCCGGCAGCAUCUUCUCCUGCCGCGUCAGCCACGCGGCUCUGGCCCAGCCCCUGCGGGAGGAGUUCCUCCUGGAUGUCACAGCAGGUGCAGACACGGCUCUUUCGAAGGCCAUCACCGGGGUCUGCAUCGCGCUGCUGCUAGUCAUGGUGGCUGGGUUAGCCAUUUACUACUGGAGACGGAGGAGGGCACAGAAAGGAUUCUCAGCCAGCCAGUAA